UUCCAUAGGUUUCCCUCAGAACUGCAAGACGCCGAUAUUGCAUUACAUUGUAGCAAAAUGGCGGCUGUCAUUCAGAAUCCACUAAAAGCGUUGGGCGACCAGUUUUAUAAGGACGCCAUUGAGCAGUGCCGCAGCUACAAUGCUCGCCUGUGCGCCGAACGCAGCGUGCGCCUGCCAUUCCUGGACUCACAAACCGGCGUGGCCCAGAACAACUGCUACAUCUGGAUGGAACGACAUCACCGCAGCCCAGGUGUAGCGGCCGGGCAGAUGUACACGUAUCCGGCCCGUUGCUGGCGAAAGAAGAGACGGCUGCACACCACCACCGACCCCAGCCUAGGAAUCUUUGGUCUCAAGCUCGACAACGGCCUCAUUUCCAAGGACACGUUGCCCACCCAGGGCACCACGCUUGAAGCUCUGCUACGAGGCGAAGGUCUAGACAAAAGGAACUCCAGGAACGAUGAGGAGAGUUUGCUGGAGAUCCAGAGAGUUCUGGAGGCAGACGCAGCAGAAGAUGCUUUCAAUGAUGACGAUGACUACGAGGUGGACACUCCCAAGAGGAGACACCGGGGCAAAGGAAGGGGUCGGGGCUCAGGCCGCAGGAAGGCAGACCUGGAUGACGACAAGCCAUAUGUCUGUGACAACAGAUACAAACAAAGGAAUAAUUCCAAAUCAUCAACCUCGGUCUAUGCGAAGCGCUAUAGGAGCCGUACGGGCCUAAGCUACCACUAUACCAAUUCCCACCUGGCAGAGGAGGACAGAGCUGGGGAGAGGAGCACUGUGCCAUCCAGGUCUCCUUCUCUGCAGCCCGCUGACAGACACAAACGUCCAAAGGCUCCCAUCGGGACCAGGAUUCCCAACCGAUACUGUGAGAAAUGUCAGAAUGCCAACAAGAAGCUCAUGAAAUCUGGCUCCCCCUGCACAACUUGCCAAUGCACAACUGACGGCGUCGAGGAGAAGGAGGAGGGAGGCGGCAGCGCGGGCGGCGCCGAGGAGCUGUUCGCCACCACGUCGGAGAGCGACGCCUCCACCUUUCACGGCUUUGAGGACGAUGAGCUGGAAGAGCCCGCCGCCAACAGCAAUGGAUUAUCCAGCCGUCACAGAUAAACACUAGCCUUUUCCAUCUUCAAAAAAAAACAAACAAAAAAAAAAAUCUGGAUUCAUCUCUGGCAAAAAUCUGCUGCUUCUUUUUUUUUUUAACUUUUUGUUUGCAGAAAGCACAAUGUGAUCGCUUCAGGACAAAAAUUGUUUUUAUUUUAUCUACUGGACAUUAAUUUAUGAACAUUUAUUUAUAAAUCUAUAAAUUAAGUCAACUAAUGACUUGCAAAACUUUGAAGUUUUUUCCCUUUUUGGAGCUGAAGGAGCAUAAUAAUGUGUGAACAAACAAACAAAAAAACACUGGAGCAAUCAUAAAUUUGAACAGAGUAACCUUUUAAUGUCUGGAGGCUGUUUGAAUGUCAUUUAAAAGCCUUGACUGGAACUUUCUGGAGGAUCUUGAUAUGAGCUCUGUGACUCUGGAUUAUAUUCGUUUUCAAACGUGAAGGAACCAGUGAACGGACUACCGCAAACCAAUGGCGAUGUUUGGAGAUGUAGUCAAUUUAUUUUCUUUAUAGACACGAGCGCCUUAGUGAAUGAAAGGAGCACUCUGCACAUGAGAAACCGACAUAGUAAACAAGGAUUUAACAACUCUUCCUGAAUUUGGGCCUAAAUGUACGUGACGAGGAGCGGACAAGUCCAACGUCCGCCAGACUCGCAGGCCGUGUGACUUCCGUGAAGCGCCCCUGACCAUGUGAAUAACUGAUUUUGUUGUCUUGCGGGGGGCAGGGGGACGUUGGAUCAGAGCCAGCUUCACCGAGGACUGCCGCAAGACAAACAAGAAGGCCUUUGGACUUGUCGGGGCCUGAAUGAACCCCACAGCUCCCCCCCCUCCCCCACUUCCUGCCCGCUUGUGCCGUGUGAAUGCGAGUGAUCCGAUGUGACACCAAUACGUCAUUAUCCUCAUCACUGUGCCAGCCUGCUGCUCUGCACUGCAAACCAGCUAUGACAGCCAUAAGCCCCCCCCUCCACCUGAUUGGACCAGUGACCCUCCCCGCCCCCUUCCCUCAGCCAUAGUCGGUGCUUAAUUAGUACACGCAGACCUCUGAACCUUUCCGCUCGUCGCUUGACUUGAAUUGUCGCGUCUCCUCACUGCGCUUCUAGGGUGCUUGGUAUAUUUGUCGGAUUUUGGGAUAAGCGGACAGAUACCUCUGGCCGCCAAACUACUCAGGCAUCCGUCAUUAACGCUCUGCUGUUGAUUGUUGGGCCUCUCUUCGCAGCCCAGAAUCACGUGAUUGUAUUGAGCUGCCGCAGAGGGACAAUAACACCACACAAGGGUCCCGUGAUGAAUGAGCGCACACUACCAGGAACGCUGCUGGAAUAAUUCAGUGUGUGUGUGCGUGCGUGUGUGUGUGUGUGUGUGUGCCUGUGCCUGCGCACGCGCGCACGUGUGCUUGGAAAGAAGGCCUAGUCGUGUGAUCUUUAACAUUGGACAUUGAAGGAUCAAUUAGGGAUGGGCAGUUGACGUCAUUCCUUUGAUUGGAUAUUUUUAAUCGGGUGAAAAGCAUCCAUUAUUUAUUUCAAAAACAACUUUGUUCACGUUAUGACUUGUCAAUUUUUUUUUCAAAAAAUAUUUUCAAUUUGUAACAUGACUUUCUCUUGUAAUAUUACAACUUGUAAACUUGUAAUAUUGCAACUUUUUCAUAAUUUUACCUUUUUCUUGGAAUAAACUGUUUUAAAAAAAAAUAAAUGACCCUAUUCUCGCAAUGUUAAAACUUUUUAAAUAUUAGUAAUUUUUUUAAUUUGACUAUUUUACUGUAAUUACAAUUUUAUUACUUUCCUCCCCCAAAAAAAGUAUUCUUGCAACCUCAUGCCUUUUUUGACUUAGUGGAAUGUCUUCUUCUCAUCAUCUGAGUUUUUCCUGCCCCAAAAACAGUUCUUGUAAUGUGACGUUUAGUCAUGAAAAACAGCUUCUUCUCGUAAUACUUUAUUCUCCGAGCCACCAUCCGAGGAAGUCGUAACUUCAAAAAGACUAUUCUUGAAACUUUUACUUUUUUGGGGCAAAGAUUUACAAAUUCAUCCUCUAAAAUAUGACAAUUUGAUUUUCCACACAGGAUGAAUGAUCUAUCCAUCUAUCUCAUAUUCUUGUAAUGUUGACUUUUGUCUUGAAAAAUAAGACUAUUAUAAUGUGAUGACUUUUUUCUCGUAAUAGGUAAAUUUUUUUAAGUGCUGAUUUUGACUCAUUACAUGUGCUUUUCUUUUCUGCCGCUUAUAUGCUGUCCUUUGUCCAUCACAAGAAAUGUUGACUUUCUUCUCGUAACUUCCCUAUUACAAAUUUACCGGCUUCAUUCAUGGCUUUUUUUUCAUGAUUUAAAUAUUUCUCAUUUUUCAGGCCAUGGAUUGAAUAAACAGUGCCUCUGCAGGUCCAACUAGUAGUGCACUUAAUUGCUUCAAGACGAGAUUCAGCGACAAUCAACUCCGCACAGUCCAACGGAUUCUUAAGGAUUAAUUUUGAGUUUUAUAACAUUUUUAACACAUAUUAAAAGCUUUCUUGUAUUAUUGUAACUUUAUCCACAUAACAGGACUUUUUCUUGUAAUCCAUCGUAAUGUUCAGACUUUUUUUUUUUUUUUUUUAGCAAAAAACUAAUUGGAACAUGACUUUUGUUCACGUUUUUUCUUGUCCUAUUAAAACCCAUUUUCUUAACAGAACUUAAUUAUAUUCUGAGUUAAAAAAAAAUAGUGAGCCACUUAUUUUCUUUAAACUAGCUUCAUAACAGAAUGCUUUUAUUUUUUUAAGUUAAAAAGAGAAUUUAUCUGGAUUUCACAACUUUUGAAACGUUUCCUCAUUCUCUCCCCCCAAAAAUCCAUGAAACAACCACUUUUAAAUAGAUUUUUUACUACUUUUUGAUCUUUUGACAACAAACCAGUUAAGUUUAAAUCUGCAGCACCUCUGCUGGUUUUGACUCCCCAAAAAAAUUCUGAUGCCCAUCCCUAAUGAACUUCAUCUGUUGCCCCCCCCCCAAGGGUCCCUUCUCACAGUCGCUUUCCCUCCAUCUCCCCGUGUGUUUAUUCAGCACAGCAAGCAGACAGCCAUCCUGCACGCGCUGCUCAAGUGUGGCGAAAGUCCUCAACAACUCCUGAAUGCAGAAGUAAUCUUUACCUCGACCAAGACACAGCAAUAGCCCCCCCCCCCCCGACCCCCCACCGCGAUGGGUAGUAAUGGAAGUGUGUGUUUAUGUGUGCGCGCGCGUGCGAUUACGUUGGGAAUGCAGCCAACAGGAGAUGAAACUGACACAACACAAGGUGGUCGUUUCAUCUUCUGCUGUAAAUGUCAAAAUGGACACAAUGAAGUUCUUUAAACUAUUUUUAUUCUGCAAAAAUAAAAAUGGUAAUGUCUUUUUUUA